CACACUAGACUAUGGCAAAGAACACAAGGCAGAAAGAGUGAGGUCACACCUCCACACUGAAAGACGGUCCCCUCCUGUAAUAGUUUGAUACAGGCCACAUAUUCAUCUGUUAGAUGUGGACAACGAGAAAAUGUAUGGAGAUUAUCAGUGUCUGUCAGAUAGAUCAAAACUGUUGCUUUUGCUGAAUUUGCUUUAUUGACCUGGACAGAAUUACAGUUUAUUUUUGGACCAGGACUGUUGAACAGGUCAAAUAUGAUGCCAGACGAGUAUUUGGUGGAGUGUAAUAUUGAUGAUGAUGACGAAGAAUAUGAUGAUGAUGUGAAGAAGAUCCACCCGUCUCCGCCUCCUCCCCCACAGUUCUCCUCCACAUCGUCCCUCACUCAGGGUGAGAUCAGGGAUCCCUGUGGCCUCAACAAACACUUGAAGAUAGAGUUCAGCGACGUUUUGGCAGAGCCCGUCUCCACACACAGCUACGACCGCGUGUGGGUGUACAGCAGCAUCGGCUUCGAGUCCGCGCGGCUCUGGGGUUACCGCUGCCUCACAGCGCUGUGUGUGCUUCCGCUCUCAUGUCUCUGUGGGGGUCUCUUUGCCCUACUGGCCUGUAUGCACAUCUGGUGUGUGAUGCCCUGUAUUCAGGUGUUUCAUAGCUGCCUGCCCUGUGUGAGGUCACUGUGGAUGAGUGUGGUUAACAUCUUCAUCGCUCCGUUCUGCACAUCUGUGGCUCGCUGUUGCAGUGGUAUAUAUGUGGUGUUCUCCAAAGAGUGACGAAACACAAGGAGGAAUCGGAAGAAGCUUGUCAAACUGCUUUUCUCUCAAUUACAAAACAUUAAUCAAUGGAAUACCUGAAUGGAUUUUUUUGCUAUUUAAAGCUGUGUUUAAAUAACCAUGAGACAUUCAAAGAAGAGGAUUACAUGUUAUUAAAUAGAUUUUUACAUGUUAUUAAAUAGAUAAUUAAUAAUUUGUAACAAAUUCUGCAUGGGUUUGUCAUAUGUACGAAGCUACAAUAAGCCUAUAGUCUAGUUUUUUUUUCAUUCAAUUUGUUAAUAUUUAUUUCUCUCUCUCUCUCUGAUAUUUGAUAUAAUGAACAACUGUCAUGUAUGUCUGUUUUGAAGGUUGCCACGUCAUACAUGUAGGCUAUUUUAUUAAAACAACCACUUAGCCUGCAUCUUGAACAUACAAGCCGCAUGCUCUCUCAUUUACUCCAGUCUUCAGUGUCACAUGUUACUUCAGAAAUCACUCUAAUAUG